CUGCGUCCAAUAUGUAAAUGCAUCUGAUGGCUGCAGAGACCUGGUUUUUCUAGAUUGCAUCAAAGACGAGGCCUUAGUCAACCACACCAUUCACACAUCCAACGUGCUUUCCCCGGGCCUGGAACAAUGUCAACACGAGUGCUUUAUGAAUGACGCAUGCGUAUCGUACAACUUGGGUCCCACACGGGGAAUGAGUAGGACAUGUGAGCUGAGUGAUACAGAUCACGUGGGAUUUCCUGAUCACGUGGUAGGGAAGGAAGGUGCCGAAUACUGCCCUAUUAGGAGCCCGUGUUCUUCAAAGUCUUGUCCAGCCGACCUGAUAUGCAAACCCGACUUCUCAUGGGAUACUUUUCGCUGUUCUUGUUACAUAUCCAAACUUCUUGGAAUGGAAGACGGACGGAUACCAGACUCAGCUAUAACAGCAAGUAGUUCCUGGGAUCUACUAGGUCAUGGUCCACAUCAAGGCAGAUUAAACUAUAUACAGCCGCCAGAAAUAACAACCUUCAGCUCAUGGUGUUGGAGCUCUAGUCUUUUAAAGGCAGGCGAGUAUCUGCAAGUUUUUUUGGACGGGGAGUUUAAUGUCGAUGGAGUAGCAACGCAAGGAAGGCCACCUAAAACACUAGACUUGCAAUGGGUUAAGAGCUAUACCAUAAGUUAUAGCCUGAAUGGAACGGACUGGAUGGAGUACGAGGAGGAUGGAACCAGUACACCUAAGAUUUUUGAAGCUAAUUCAGAUGGGACCACAAUUGUGAAACACAAACUCACUCCUUUUAAAGCAAAGUUUGUGAGGAUUGUAGUUCAAACUUGGCAUACUCACAUUUCACUGAGAAUGGAAUUGUAUGGCUGCAAAUCUCAGUAAACCGGCCAUAAGUAACGCAAGUUUUCAAGAUCGUUCCUUUUACACAAGUAUUUAAGAGCACCCGUAUGGAUGAAUGCACGAAGCUUAGUAAACCAUUCAUAAUUUACACCACGUUUUACAAGAUAAGAUAUAUCUUUAAGGGCAUUUGAUGGGUCUCGAAUUGCCUGCUUUGUUUACUUACAAGUUUAUUCAACUCGUGGUCCCCACUAGGUUUAAAUAAACCUUCAAUAAAAUGACAGGCUUGGGCGUAAUGUUUACCAUUUCCAACCCGUGUCAUUCCAUAGCAUAUCAUUUCUUUGUUUAAUGGUUGCACAUGAGAAGACAAAUAUAUUUAUGGAUACAACUCAGACAAAGAAUCAUAUUCUCAAGAGAAUGACACAAGGUCUGAAAAACUACACAAGCUGAAGGGUUUUAUUCACGCCUUUUUUGUCGAUUUAGAUUGUUCCAUUUAUUAUUUUAAUAUUCUACAAGUGUAUAUUUUCUUUUUAACUCUGAAAUUCGUAUAAUUGUUAAUAAAAGUUACAUCAUUUCUUUAGUUAAGUGCAAGAAUGAAUUCAUAUUUUAA